UGCAGACGUAAAGAAAGAACUGAAUGAUUUGAAGGAAAAACUCGACAUGGCAAUGGUGCAAUUGAGUCUAAUAAAAGAAAAACUGGAUAAUGCGACAGAGAAAAUUGGCCUAGACAAGGUUUUGUUGGAAGAAAAGGAGGAAAAACUAAGUGAGCUGACGGCGCAAUUGAACCUGAGAAAUGAGCCUUACAUAGCCGUGAAGAAAGAUGUGAAAAACGCAACGGAACAAUUAGGCCAAGAAGAUAAAAAGGAAGAACUGAAGGACCUGACGCAACAAUUAGAACAGAAAAAUGAAUUGAUGGACAACUUGAAGGAAAAACUGGAAAAUGCAACGGUGCAAAUUAACCAGGACAACGAAUUGGUUGAAGUCAUAAGGAAAAAACUGAAGAAUGUUAGGGCCCAACUGAUUCGGGAAAGAAAUUUGGUACUAAAUCUGAAGAACGAAAUUGCACAAAUAAACCGUACCAAAGAUGGAUGUGAAAAUGAACUCAGAGCCAUUCGUAAAAGUUAUGCUCAGCUGAGCGAUGAGUGCCAACCUUGUCCCAAAACUACGAAAAAUGAUGGGCCUGUCACCGAAAGAAUUAUUUAUUCGGGAUUACCGCCCGGGACCACAAAAUCACCUAAGAAGGGACCGGGACUUGAGCCGUUCCUGAUCAUCCCAGAGAGGCCUGAAGAUUGCUAUUCACGAAUCAAGGCACGAUGUCAGCGAGGUCGAGCAAGGGCCGCCAGCGGUGUGCAAGUGGUCAGCACGUCAUAGGUCUCUCGUCACGAGUGUCGGUCCUUUUCCCUUAGCCCAAUUUAUAGAUAGGGGGAUUGACGAAUUUAAUUAGCCCGUCGGAUAAGAAAAGAGUUGACUUCGUUUCCAUACCUAUGUCAUGAUUUUUCCUGACGAGAUUACGAUUGCUUUUUAUAAUUUUUGUGUACCGAUAUGUAACGACGUGAAUUUUCAGGCACCCACAGGGUAGAGCAGAGAGAGAAACUCAAGUAUCAAUCAAGGCAACGCCAGAGCCUCCCUCCCGCGAGCGCACAACCUGCUCACACACACACACACACACAUUCGCUCUCCUGACGACGCGUGAGCAAUAGGGCAAUUCUCUCGAUUGUCUCGCUCCGCCGCUCUUCCCUCAGGGUAGCCAAGCACGAACUGUUCGCCGCUAUCAUCAAUAAACUGGUGUGGUGUAGUAACCAGGACGCUUUUGUCCACCCCGCACCCUUUUUUAUGGCCCAUCGGCUGGAGAGUCCUGUCCAGAGCGAGCGCGAGUCCUCUCCGUUAGAGGUUUUUUUAAUAUCUGAGACUCUCCCUCCUCUCUGCCCUUUGGGCACUAAAAUAUUUUACAUUACAUAAUGUAACAUAAUAUAUCGGUACCAAUAUUAUUGAUCGUAAAACCCUGACAGACGAAAACUCUGCGCACUCUUUGAAUUUAUCCGUGAGUGAAAUUUCGUUAUCUAAAUGAUUUAUUAAUUUAAUUUUAAUGUAGGGCAGAAUCUUCCCGCAAGCUACUAUUGGAUUUCUUAGGCGCAGAAGGGAGGUUUUACUGGUCUGGAACAUGAAAACCUAUUCAGGAAUUCACUAACUUGAAAACUUGAUUAUUUCUCUCGUUGUAUCUUUAAAUAUUUGCAACCGAAAAAUUUGACUUGGAAGGAAGCUUGCAUGGAACUGAUGGAAAAUUUUAAACCAACCCCCUUGAACGACGUGUUUACGAAUAAAAUCACUGAUGAUAAAAAGGGCUUCCCUCCUGCGGGCGCUGCCUCCAAGUGUGCGGCAGCAAACGGAACCUUGGUGACAGUGACGCAAUCCACGCUCGACAGAAUGAAAAUGCUCCAUCAAUUUGUCAAAAAGAAAUCUUUAUUCAUGGAAAACAAAGAUGGCGUCCUAGUUCCUUGGAAUGAAAAUUUUGUUCUCUUGGAUGAAACUUUCCAAGACUCGAAAGGAGCAGUGCGCUGGUGCAGCACUUCAGAAGAGGUUCCUGCCUAUAUGAAGCCAAUAAACCAAUCCGAAGAGAUGAGCUCCCAAUAUUUCCAACAGUUCGGCAGCGAAGAACCGAGUCCUGUUCGUGUCUCCCACAAUGAUUAUUUUGAUAAAGCUAAAGUGCCCAUUUUUUUCUGCAAAUUCGAUCAUUCAUUCCUAACGCUAUGCAAGCAGAUUAACUUUUAAAUAUUAAAAGUCUAACUUUAUCCGAGUUUGUUUGAAAUUUCGCAUUGUUAUUUUUUGGCUUAUAAAGUUGGAUAAUUUUGU